AUGCUCUCUUCGACUACAAAGAACUCUAAACGCUUUCAUGACUUGUUCAUACUUGACAAUCCCGAUAUGACUCCUGACGACCAAGUUGCAAGCCUAGAGUCAAAACUAGCCAUUCUCUCCUCAGAGAUCUCUGACGACGAAGGAUUAGCCCCACUACCAACUCCGCCAAGAGUGUGGUUGUCAAAUCUAGUCCCAUCCCCCACGUCAUCUAUAUCUUCCGCUUCCUCCUCCUCCUCUAUAAGCACUGCUCUCUCCUUUACUCAAGCUGACGACAUGGAGUAUACAGGUCCCAAUAACAACAACAGCAACGGCUCUGUCAGACACUCGAAACGACUGAGAAUGGACUCUCGUGGUCGAUCAAAGAGGGUGUCUCCCUUAAUCACGGAUCUAGCGUAUCGCCAGACUGCUUCCAUCGACUCCCCUAUCGAAGCUUCAUCUCCUAUGCGAUUUCCACGGUCUUUUACUCCUCCCGGCACUCCAUCAUCUCCUGCCUUGUCAUCUUCUGAAUCUUGUGCGUCGUAUGUGUCUGCUUCUUCAUCCAGCUUGAUGGACUUGCCAUUUGGGGACUGUAAUCUGUAUAAUGAGUCUUUUGUACCCGAGGUGGGCCCAAUUCAGGAAAUGGAGUUUGAGUUGGAGGAUGGUGUUAGUUUGACAAGAUGUGAUGGUGAUGAUGAGACCAAAUGCUUUCCCAAUACAUGUCCAGAAGACAUCUUGCUUUGCAUAUUUAGGCACUUGGAUGAUGACACAUUGUCCAAAGCGUAUAGAGUCUCACGUAGCUGGAGAGACUUGAUUACACACUAUGAAAAUUGGUUGUGGAGCCACUUGUCCCGACGAGACUGGCAUCAUACGGAAAAGACAGAAGCUGCUGUCAAUUGGAGACAUCACUAUUAUACUCACAAGAAUCUUCACCGUGGGAACUAUCGCUUCCAAUCUUUUAAUAUGAACACCGUCUUGCCGGAUAACUUUGGAUAUAAACCCGAAGAUACUACUGUGACAUCCCCUCAGUCAACUCGUCGUAACUAUGUAAUGGCCUGGCCUGUAGAUCCUACAGAUGCGUAUAUCGUAGCUUUAGCUGGUGAUCAAGUAUGUUGGGUUGAUGUAGCUACUCCCGACGUGAUUCAUAUAGUCAAGGUUGAGCCCAUGGAGGCUGAACAAGUUGAAGCUUCCCAGGGCGUCAAUGAUGUAGUCCAAGACUUUAUAGAAAUACUGAAUCAACCCUUGGUAAACGAAAUGGGAUCUCCAACUGCCACUCUAACAACAGAAGAUGACGAUGACGAGAUAGUACAUAGACCACCCGUAUUACAGCCAACAACUCACUUACAUGGUCAUCGCAAUGCUAUUGGUCUCAUAUUGUCUAAUGGAGAGGGAACUCUGGUCUCUUUCGAUGACUCGUCCACCAUCAUGGUCUGGGAUGUCGUAAAUCACAAGUUUGAGCGUGAAAUUCAUGCUCAUGAACAUCUCGGCUUUAUCUUUUCCAUGAAUGUACAUCAUCGAUCUAUUGUAACUGGUGGUCGUAAUGGUAAAAUCAUUGUAUGGUCAGCUGAUACUGGUGAUGCACUCUUGUCUGUGGAUAUACCGUCCAAGUACCUAGAGCAUCUCAAUGUCUUUAAUCUUCUCAAUGUUGCGAUUUGGGAAGAUCUAGUUGCUUACGGGCUGUAUGAUGGAUCAUUCUACGUUUAUGAUAUGAAGAAACAAACCCAGCUGUAUAAUUUCAACACGGCUGAUGCAAUUACGGUAGACGACAAUAUGGACAACAACAAUGAAGACGAAACAGCUGAUACAGCUCUAGCUCCCAUGACGCUGGCCAUCAACGGUCACAUCAUCUUAACUAAUGGUCCAAGGAAUGAUCAAUUGGCAGCGUGGGACGCAACCAAUGGCAACUUCUUAUAUACUUUAUCAGAAUCAAAUGCUCUACUAAAACAUCCAACCUUGGCCUUUACAAACCCCGCUAAUCACAAUAAUAAUACUGAUAACAAUAACACGACACUGCCAGUACCAUCACGAGAACUUAAAUUUGCUGAAAUAUCACGAGAUGCUUCACUUAUAUUUGGAUCAGUUGCUUAUGAAGGGCAAUUGAAUAUGCUUGGAUGGGAUUUCAGAGGUGAUAAGUCUCAUACCAGACGUGUGGAGAAGAGAAGGGUUAUGGGUGAAGGUCCAACCAAGAUCCUCGACUUGAACCAAGGCGCGAUCGUAAAUGGAAGCAGUGUCGGCAAGGAUUUUAACAGUCAACGGUGUGCAUGCCCAACAAUGACUAUUCGACCAAACAGUCCUGUUGAUGACGAUGAAGUUGAAUAUGUCCCUAAUCAGUAA